GCGCUCAAAGGUUACAUCGAGCCCUCUUUUGCGCACAGGCUUUUCGUCUGGCUGCGCGCGGGCAUCGCGUAGAAAGCGGUUCCUCUUCCUCUUCAUGAUAACGAAUAUUCGCUAAAUUAACACCGGGACUAAACAAACAUUUUCAGUUUCCUGAGUCGCAUUAUUUUUGAACGCGAAGAUGUGAUUUCUCCAAUAAGGAAUUUGGAAUCAUAAAAUGGUAUUCAAACCUGGGGUCUCCACAAAGAAAUGGGAGCCUGCAUAUCUAUGGGCACAUGAAUCUGAGAUUGUGGGGCCAGAUGCCUGUGAUGGACAAUGCCAAUGAGAGUAUCCCAGCGCCAGCGUUCAGCAUGCCGGAAAGGAUCGCCCUCAUGGCCUUCCUGUCCCUCGUCAUGCUCAUGAGCGUCCUGGGGAACCUCCUGGUCAUGGUGGCCGUCUGCAAGGACCGCCAGCUGAGGAAAAUCAAGACCAACUACUUCAUAGUGUCGCUGGCGUUUGCGGACCUGCUGGUGUCGGUGCUGGUGAUGCCCUUCGGCGCCAUCGAGCUCAUCCGCCAGAACUGGAACUACGGGGGGACGUUCUGCCUGGUCCGGACCUCCCUGGACGUGCUGCUGACCACCGCUUCCAUCCUGCACCUGUGCUGCAUCUCCCUGGACAGGUACUAUGCCAUCUGCUGCCAGCCCCUGGUCUACAGGAAUAAAAUGACUCCCAUGAGAGUGGCUCUCAUGUUAGGAGGGUGCUGGGUAAUCCCAACGUUUAUAUCCUUCCUGCCCAUAAUGCUAGGCUGGAACAGUAUCGGAAUAGAAGAUUUGAUCGAGCAGCGGACGAGCAGCGGGGACCCUAAUGUGACGCAGUGCGUCUUCAUGGUGAACAAGCCCUACGCCCUGACCUGCUCUGUGGUGGCCUUCUACAUCCCGCUGGGCCUCAUGGUGCUGGCCUACCAGCGCAUUUAUGUGACUGCGCGGGAGCACGCCCGCCAGAUCAGUGUGCUGCAGCGGGCCGGCGCCUCCUCGUCCGACAGCGCCGACCACCAGCGCAACCACCGCAUGCGCACCGAGACCAAGGCCGCCAAGACGCUGUGCAUCAUCAUGGGCUGCUUCUGCCUGUGCUGGGCGCCCUUCUUCAUCACCAACGUGGUGGACCCCUUCAUCGACUACACGGUGCCGGACAAGCUGUGGACUGCCUGUCUGUGGCUGGGCUACAUCAACUCCAUGCUCAACCCCAUCCUCUACGCCUUCCUCAACAAGUCCUUCCGCCGUGCCUUCCUCAUCAUCCUCUGCUGCGGCGACAAGCGAUACCGCCGGCCCUCCAUCCUGGGCCCCGGGGCCCCCUGCACCGCCACUCAGAUCAACGGCUCCACGCAUGUGCUCAAGUACUCAGUCCUGCACAAUGGAAAUCACCUUGAACAGGAGAAGCUGUCCCUGCAGAACGACACAGAAUCCCAGGAGUCGUGCUUCUGAUGGCAGCAGAGACAAUUCCAUGCUGAAGCGGGACAGACCUGGGCCAAGGCCACCAUGCUGGAAAGUACCAUUCCAUUCUGAUAGCCCCUGUGUGACUGAAGGAUGGAGAAUUCCAGAACCUCUUUGUGUCUGGCCCUUGGUCACAAGGUUAGAACUGUACAGACUUGCAAUUCAAAGGAACAUUACUUUGCCAAAGGUAUUUAAUACAGUGAUAUGUUUUUUUGAGAUCAGCAAAAUAACAUAUUUCAGGCAGUGGCGUGAUUUUAUUUUGAUCAAAAAAAGGAAGUAAAGGAGAGAACAGACAGAAACUCUGGAAAUCUAUUCAGACCCUUUUUCCUGGAUAAUGGAAAACAUUUACUGAGGCCUAGUUAGUUGGGAGUUUCUGUCAUGCACUAUUUCAUCAAAAUUACACUAAAUUAAAAUGAACAAGCCCCUAUGAACAAAGGUGAUACCGUGCCACAGUGACAAAGGGUAGAGGUCACAAUAUUGACAUUCAAUUUUGUGUGGUACUCAAAUGCUCCCUCUUCUUCCCUCUCCCUCUUCUUCUUUCUAAUUUAUUUUCCUACUGAAACAAUGGCAAUGCAGUCCUACUUUUUUACUUUCACUUUGCAAUGUCUUAAAUUUUGGAAAAUGGCUGAAUUUGGGUAACUUAUUUGUAUGGGAACAAAUAUGCCCAUUUCAUAAGAAAUGUUUACCAGAUAUCUGUGAAGAAGUACUAUUUUAUAUAAUAGCAUAAUUUCCUUAUUGCCAGGAAAUUGUAUCACAAUGAGCAUUGCACCGGAAACGCCACCAGGUUACUAUGAAAACGCAGUGCUUGUCAAAUAUGUCUGACAUUGUAAAGACAUUCUUUCUUCCAUUUGUUCUGUUUUUGGACAGGUUUCUUACCAAUUCCUUUAUGAUUAUAUGUUGUUGUUGUUGUUGUUGUUGUUUUCAGUUAAAUUUAACUUUUUGUACAGGAUGUUUAACAUGUUUUUACACUAAAUUGUAUUUUACACUUGGCCACAGAGCUUAUGAUCAUGGUUGUGUCUGGCACCUGGGCAGCUCUGGCUGUGUUCUCUGGUGUGCCACACCUUGUGCAAUGUUCUAAACUAAAAACUGCCCUCCUGCCUGUCUGUUUUACUCGCAAGUGCCUAACAUGACCAAUGCCCCUGAAAAACCUCUCCUCAACUUUCAAUAUCCACUGACUCUAUCCCUCCAUUCGAGAGCCGUCACUUAUCACACUAUGCUUCUCACCCAUUAAUGAUUCUCUUUCUCUUUCACGUCUCACCACAUUCCUCUCCUUCCUGCCUUUCUCAUUAUCCAGUCAUCCUUACUGUACUCUACAUUUCUUGUUUUUCUUCUCCGCUCCACUCUCACCAUCCUUCUCAAUGUCCUGCACCCAGUGUGGUGUGUGAGAUUCUUGAAUUUGGAGAUAAAAUACAGAAACAGUUUAUUUGGAAGUAUAUUUAAUAUAUUUAUUCUAGCCAAAGUUUACAACUUCAUGCUCCAAUGAAUGCCUUUUCUUAUUUAACAAUAACAGACAGGGAAAUGUCACAGGUGGUUGUCGAGAAAAUAUGACACUGCCUGUUGGCAUUCAGGAUAAUUAGGCCCAAAAAAUGUCUGAUGAAUUGAGCCCGCUCAAAAGAUGUUCUGGGGAUUGUGAAGUGAUCCAGUCACCCACAUCGAAGCUGUCCUUGGACACUGCAUGACAUUUUACAAGAUGACAUUGAGUGUCUCGCCCACAGGGAAAGGCUGCUCUUUUCUUCAUAGGUUUCAAGAUGUCAGGACCACUAUUUUUGGAUAUAUAUUGCAACAGGAACACAGAACUCCCCUGUAUGAUUCAGACAGAUUAAACCAAACAUUUGCAUUUGCUUGAACGCUCCAAGCAUCUAUCAAGCGGUCAGUGUAUAAUGUUUUGGUACAUUCUCGGUACAGUAUAUUUCAUUGGCUCUUGGAAAUCCUGGAGCAAUUAAGUUUCUAUGUUUAUUCAUAAGAAGCAGAAGUCAUCCUCUCCAGAUGGCAUUUCAUAUCCUUGAGAAAAUGUGCAGCUCAGUAUGAAAUGGAAGCAUGCAGUUAUUAUACAAAUUGCUCACAAUAUUGCUCUGCUCCCUCAACACCAGUUAAUUCUGUCCUUUCCAUGAAGAACUUGAGGGAGUUUAGUGCAGCAUUGCACUGAGCAUGAGUCUUUGUCCUUCUAAUUUAACAUGAACCCUUUGGCCCCAUCAUGCUCUGUUGACAACCACGUAUGCACUUUCUUUUCCUUUGAAGCAUUUGAUUUCAGGAGCAUUUUGUCUAUGCACAAUUCUUCCUUUUUUCAGCUCUGCUUGGUAUAAAAGUCUAAUGUCCAUUUUCAGUCAGCAACAUUUGUAUAUUUAUGUCAGCAAUUUGUAUGCUGAAUAGCAAUGGCGGAUAAUCAUUGUUUCAUCACAGCUUUGUGUUGCUGACUUGCCAUAGCAUGACACUGAAGGAAUGGCAUGAGUUAGAAUGUAACCUUGACCUAUAAGGCGAUGUGCUGUGGUAACAAAAAAAAAGGCCAAAGCACCUCAGAUCAACUCUCAGACUCCUACACCGUCAUAUCACAGUCCAGAAGGCAGUAGUGCUAUGAGAAUGCUGUCCCAAAUUCAAGUGACAUCAUUAAAAUCAGUUUGUUUGAAUAGUUAUCCCUUUUGGGUUUUGGUGCAUGUUUUCAUCUCCUGUGUGCAUAAGGUACUAUUGCUGUACUUUUUUUGCAGCCAUUGUCAAUAUUUCCUGAGACCAAAUGUUCAAUGAGAGUUUUACAGAAGCAUUGUAUGCUUCUGCUAAAUGGUUAAUCUCUGAAAAUAAAAACAUGUAACAUGCCACAUGAUACAGUCUUAUGAAGCCUUCAUAAUGCCUUUAUAAAUGCUAAGUAAAUGGGGACUGCUAGGUUGCUCAUUUAGUUUAGGCACCGCUCUGAGGUGCAUUAAGGAGGCAAACAGUCUCUGUUCAAAUCCGGACUGUGCCAGUGCCAAUUGUGGCCUGUCGCUCCAUAGGGUAACGUGCAAUUUUCAAUUUCCUCGUUCCCGAUAUGAGAGGAUUCUGUCAUUUAGAGGUCUGUGUUCAUCUUCCUCUGACUCCACUCUAUGCAACCUUAGCUGUAGUCUGUGGUGUAAAAAGAAGCAGCUGGUGACUCUGACUUUCGGAAGAGAACCGUUCAUGUCUACCCUCUCCCCAAUUGGCAGUUUGCACAUGAACAUGGCUACAGUUGCAGACAAAUUGGCCAUUCCAAACUAGGGUGGCAAUUGGAUAUGCUCAGUCCCACUUAUUUAUUUUUUUAAUUAAAAUAUUAAAAAGUAAAUUUUAAGUAAAGAUCAUAAUAUUAGUCAGAAUUCCAACAUAAAUUGUGAAACAAUACAUUAUAGGUUUCUGGGUCAUAAACUGGUUAAAACAUUUGUGAUCUAAGAGGAUUAUACUUAUUAAGGUUUAUGAAUGCUGCAUAAGAGCCACUUUUGUUGUAGUAUUAUUAAGCACAUUGACAAGUGAUGGUACUUUUUGAGAGAAACUGAUUUUAAUGAUAAAUUCCAUUUUCCACUUCAGUUUAUAAUGUUCCCUUGUGAACAGUCAAAUAUACCUCAUUUAAAUGUUCUUGUUUUUUUACUCAGAUGGUUAGAGUAUAUUCAAAUGUUUGUAUUUUUAGAAGUAAGGAGAGAGAUCGGGUGCAACUAAAUUGCAAGCAUUGAAUUAAAUCUUUGCUUUGUUACUUUGUUUUAUGGUGAUAGCCAGGGAUUUUAAAGUAAAAAAAUGAAGGAUGACAAAUACAGCGUCAACAAAUAUUGUACGUUUUUCCUUGAAUUAAUUUAAAAGUUAUUACCCUCCUUUACUUUUUUGUCUGGUCCUCCUCCUUUUACUCUUUUAGUAUUAUUAUUGAACAUCUGGAAAGAAGUAUACAUAUAUUUAGAGACUUGUAUUAAUAUUAAUCUUGAACAUAAGUAUGUGUAAAUUCCCCUUUAUCAGCCUCUUUUAACAGUAGAAAGACCGUCAGACUCAUCCAGCAUAACAGCAUUGAUUUCAGCCGCCACGGCAACCUAAUUUCAUAAAGAUUUGGAAAUAUCAUGUUGCAAAACUAUUUUCUUAAAAUAAAGAACACAACAAUAUCUAUUUCAACAUUUUUAUUUCUAAUUUAUAUCAGUUUUGUUAUAUAGGUAUGUGAUCACAGUCAAUCAGAUAUUCCUAUGCAUUUUUCUGUUCUUCUAUUUAAUUAUGGUUUCCGAUUCAACCAGGUGUUGUAAUGGACCCACAUCUUUGCACAUUUCGCCACCUAUGAAUAUGGGCAAUAAGCUGGAAUGAAAACCUAUAUUGUAAGAACAUACCCCAUGUUAUUUCUAAAAUGUUGUGAUUAGGUUUGUUCCACAUGAAAAUUUGAGCUAGUGUGAUAUUGCAACCACUUCAGCAAUAACAUUAUUUAUAGAUGUUCAAUACAAGAUUAUUCAAAAUGAUUAUAAACCUCUUGCCAUUACAAUCAACCUUUUGCCACUUGUUGUGGUUUACUAUGUUCAUCUGCUAUUCAUUCUCUAUUUAUGUUUUGAGCCCAAUUGCAACAAAUAUUUUUUAUUUUAUUUUUAUUUUUGGUUCAUGUGAAAAACCUGUUAAUUUGCUACAGGUUGUCUUUAAUUCUCAACUGCAACAGUCUUUAAGUGUCUUAUUAUCCCCUUGAUGAAGAAACUAAAACAGUGAAGGCCUUGAAGCAAAAGAUUUUUAGGAUGGUAGGCUAAUAGUUUGUGAGGGAGAAAUCACACGCUUUGUGAAAGGCUUCACUAUAAUACCCAGAAUCCAAGAGCACAAAUGGUGCAAUGCAACCUCAGUUUUGAAAAGUACUGAUGUUCCUGACUCAGGCUUCAUGUGAUACAAGUAAAAUAAUUUUUGGUUGUAUGCAUUUCUUUUUCCAAUGAGCGUGAAUAGUUAGCCUAAAUGUAAUGUCCAAUGCAUACAUUGAAGUUAAUUUAAAUCACAUUUUGACUCAAAACUCAAUAAUGACAAUAAUGAACAUAGCACUAUUCUUAUCGUGCAUAUAUGUAUACAUGAAAUCAAAAAUAUAUUUCACUAAAUGCUGCAUGCAGCUAUUAAAGUAUGAAUGGACUGUCAUUAGGCCUUCAUUCUGGUCCAUGCAUUUAUAUGUUAAACUGGGUAUUCUGCACUGUUUUAGCAUGCUGUGUCCAAUGGCACUAACAAGUAAAACAAAGGAGUGCGGUGGAGGUAAAGCCACUCAAGCUUAAUAUUGCCCUGGAGCAAAGCAGCCAACUUGAGUAUAAAACUUGCUUACAUUUAUUUCUUUUUUUUUCUUUGUUUUUACAUUUGCUUCCAAAAACAUUUUUUGCAUACAAAGCUGGCUAGCUGUUUAGCCCUAAGCCUGUUUUGCAAAUGGUAACCGUUUCACAUAAAAUAAUAUUUCAACUCGCAAUGAAAAAGGUGUAUUUCAUUUGCAUAAAGCAAGGAUUCUCAAACUCUUGGGUCCCACUGUUUAUUCUAGUUUUUUCUCAGCCCCUGAAUUGUGAAAUUUAAUUGUUCUUUUAAUCUCUGUCGUGGGCUUGUUUAUCCUCUUUCGUUGAUAUCAUGUCAAAAAUAGCUAUGCAUGACAUGAAAAGUCCCAAAUUCCUUCCCAUAUUAAUUCCAGGAUUUCUAGCAAGUCAAGUCAAAGUUUCAUAUAACGUGCGGCAUGACAAAUGAUUUCUUCAGAAAGCUGUUAAUGUGUUCAUUGAUUACAUUUCAAAGUGAUAGAUGACUGACUGGAAACAUCAUUGAUGUACUAGUUACUUGAAGUGUAUUUUCUUCCUUUAGACCUCAAACCACCAAAUGCCCUAUACUUCCUAUUGUAAAUCUGGCAGGUUUACAGAAACUUUUUUAAAUAUCUAAAACAAUCUUCCCCAAAACAGACUGGGUCAAAACAUACACAGAAACUGAAAUAAACCACAGACAGUACAAUAUCCCUUUAAUUUAUCAAGAGACUGGCUGCAAAAAGAAGAAUCGAGAGUGGGACCCCAGAACUGUGUCUGGGAACCCAAGGCAUGAAGCAAUGUAGCAUGUGCUAAUAAAAUCAGUUUAACGUCACAAUUUCACUUUCUUUAGUCAAAAUAGAGAGUAGCAGCACUUUCUAAUAAUUUUUAACACAUUCAUAAUCACUUGACUAUGGGUGUAUGUUUAUAUUUGAGUUUGUUUCACCAGAUGUUGGUCUAAAGAGAGGCAACUGAGGUCAGCGAAACUGCUGACAAACGUCCUUUAAAGACGUGAAAGUUAUUAUCAAACAAGUGCGAUGCUAGUGACGCUUUAACUGAAUCACAACAAGGACGUGUCACGAGUUCACUGCAAUAUAUUUAAGAGAUCGAGAUGACCUUGUGGUUGGUUCCAUCUUGUUAGCAACAUGCUUAGCUAAGUUCAACACAAUUAGCUAUUGUUGCCAGGAAGUGCAGUAAUGCAGGGUUAUGUCCUUGUAGUCAGUAGUGGUCUGCGAGUGGUAUGUAGCUACUUAUGCCAAAGAAAGACAAAGUACAUACAAGAAAAGUUAUGUGUAGACCUUAAAAUAACUUCCACAUUUACCUGCUAAUGCCAUAAAAAUGCAAAACUUUUUUUUCUCAAUUUAUUAUUAUUAUUUUUUUGUUUGUUUGUUGUGCUUGCCUCAGUACUGCUUGUGUACUCCAGUGCAACAUGUCAUUGUGUUUGUGUGUAGCACUUAAAUUCCUGAAUAAUCUCUUCUUCUUUUAUUCUUGGGGAAAACUAAGUUCAACCUGAUGAAAUUCAAAUUACACUAUUUAAGAUAUAUAGGCCUGAAUUCUGUAAGCAUUUGGUCUGAACCUUGACUCCAAAUUAUAUGUAAAUGCUGAUAUUUUCAUGAAAAUUUGAAAUUG